CGAGCUCAUUCCGGUCGACUUUUUAUUGUUCGCUGUGAUGGUGAACAUCGCAGCGCUUCACUUUAUCUUUGAAAAUUCAACCACUGGUCACGCUUUACAAUGACAGAGUCUUCCCAGCCCGAGGCGGUCUUAUCUCCGCUGCCAAAAGCUGACGGCUCCGCUACGUAUUCGUAUGCUGGCUACACCAUCACAGCUUCUGCGAAUGGUCCUGUCGAGGCCCAGAAACGUGAUGAGCAUCCCUACGAGGCGCUGGUCGACGUCGUCGUCCGACCGGCCUCGGGGGUCGGUGGUACUAGGGAAAGGCACCUGGAGUCGCUGUUGCAACAGUCACUGCGACAGCUUAUCCUGGUAAAGGACUUCCCUCGAUGUGUCGUACAGAUCGUGCUGCAAGUAACAGCAACGCCUACCAAUGAAUACGUCAACACGAAACUCGUCCAGGCGAGCUCGAACUUGCUCAUCAUCCCGGCUCUGCUUCAAACCGCUGUUCUGGCACUCCUAUCCGCUGCAGUGCCAAUGAGGGCCACAGCUACCUCUGCUGUUGCGGCCGUCUCGCUCAGCGACGGCGAGACCCAGAUCAUGAUGGAUCCUUCUCCACGACAGGCGGACAAAUCCCGAUCGGUCCACGUCUUGGCAUUCACAUCAUCCAGCGAGCUUCUGCUAGCUGAGAGCGAGGGUGACUUCACCAUGACCGAAUGGGAUCAAGUCUACGAAAAGUCGCGGGGUGCGUGCUGUGGCGCCGCCGCCAGCAACGGGAUCCACGCUGUUUUGGAUGAAGCACACCAAAACGGGCCAGAUAUGCGCCAGUUCAUCAGGUCAGCAGCAGAGAGCAAGGUCGCGGCAGAUCUGUACUGGAAGUGAUUGAGGCUCAAUCAUCACCGGGGCAUCUCUUGCUCUCCAGACAAAGAUUGUUUGACACCUCUAUCACUUUGUCUCGCCGCAUGAACAACGUUGGCCGGGGCUGCUGGCCCGCCAACGGAAUGAGAAUAACAUUCCCCGCCACGAUAAGAGCAGGUUCAGAAGCCGUGAUGGAUGCCAGUUUGAGAAAGGCGGGGUUUGUUUACCACUUGGAGGUGUGAAAGCAAAGGAUUCGAUGAGGAGGUGAAUGCCUGCCCCUGUGCAAUGGAAUGCCAACCGCGGGAUUGGGCGCUUGAGUAGUCCCAGCAGGGUACGCGAAGCUGUUGGCGCCGACAGCCUGACAUCGGGAUAUGAGUCUCAAGUAUGCACCGCUGCCCUUGAAACCUGACUCGUCACUUGGGCGUUCGUGGCGAUGGCAUUUUGGAAGGGUCGCGCUGGCAUCCUCAAACGUCGCUCGUGGAUUAUCUAGCGACGGCCGCGUCUGGAGCCACGAAGAGGCUUGAGAGGCUGUUUCAACAUAUCAGAUCGCUGCCAAAUGGGUCUUCGGCAAACGGAUCUUCAUCGACAUACCGGCAAGUAAACCAGAUGAAGUCAGCACAAUCCGAUGUCCAACAUGCAGAACAUAUGCCCAGUCGGGAACCAAGGUUUAAACCACAUGUAUUAAAAGAAGCCCUCAACUGUUUACCUGGACGGUGAUCACAGCUUGGGAUGCCUAAGUCUUACCCCUGGAUGGGAAAGCCCAGCCUUUGGGUGGUCGUGUUAUUUGUUGUGGUUAUUGUUUUCUUCCGCGUACGUACGUGGGCAUGUUGCACGACACUUGUAUGAUCCGCACGGGUCAAACGAGACAACCCGGCGCCGCCUGCAUUGAUCGGACACCAAAGGCAGAUCCUUCCAAACAUCUCUCAAGACCGGCGGCAAAGGCGUCGAGAUACUGUGCACGGCGCUGCACGCAGAGCUGUUCACGCCGCGGCUCGAGUCAGGCCCACUGAAAUAACUUAAG